UUUUUCCCCCAAUGUUAAUUGCAAUCUUUUUGUUUCUUGUUUUUAACCUAUGGGUUGUAAGAAUUCCCCAAUUUGCUUGAAUCCCAAGCUGUAUUCUUCAAGAAUUUCUUGUGUGAUGGGUGAAUGGUGAUCACCAUGCUUUUCUAUCUUGAAAAUAUUAAUUUCUUGAAAUAAAAUUGAUGAGGGGGUAUUUGUGUCCUUUUUUUUUUUUUUUUUUUUUUUUUUUUUUCUUGUUUGAUGGCUUAAAGAUGUUGUGAUACAAAAUAAUCUUGAAGUCUUCUCAGGUUUUGCUUUUGGUUUUCCCCUUGUUCCCUCUUAUGUGGAAAUGCUACCUCAAGUCACUGCAUUUUCAUAAAUAGUGGCCAUGAAUACCAAAGAGGCUGCCUCGUUCAAAGAUCAAAAGGAAAAGCUCAAUGCUCUUCUCGAGAUUGCUAGCGUAGAGAAACAAUUGUUGGCGUCGAUAUAUUCUAAAGGUCUCUUGCAUAAAGAGGUCCGUGAGCUUUACCAUAAGGCCCGGGCUAGCUAUGAGAAUAUCGUUUUGAAUGAUUACAAAGUGGUGGGGCUUCAAGAAGUUGAGUUCUCUUUAUGGAAGCUUCACUAUAAGCACAUCGAUGAGUAUCGGAAAUGGAUACGACAAUCGAAUGCGGAGAAAAGGAAAAGUGAAAGUUCGGAGGAGGAUACGAGUUCCCAUCACGAUAUCGAUAAACACACGGAUGGGUUCAAGUCGUUUCUAGCUGAAGCUAGUGACUUUUAUCGGGAUUUAGUUAAGAAACUUAGAAGAACGUGUGGACUUCCCGGGGAACUCUUACUCCGAAAGAAGGGUGAUGCCUCCUCGUGUUUGGCGGGACCUACGAAGUUCCCUCAAUGCCAAUAUGCUUGCCAUCGCUUUUUGGUUUGCCUCGGAGAUCUCGCUAGGUACAAUGAACUUUGUAAGAAACAUGAUGCUUGUAAGUGGUCAGAUGCAGCCACCUAUUAUCUCGAAGCAUCGUGGAUAUGGCCUGAUAGUGGAAACCCGCAUAAUCAGCUUGCACUCUUGGCAACGUACGUUGGUGAUCCUUUCCUCGCGUUGUAUCAUUGUGUAAGGAGUUUGGCUGUCAAGGAGCCUUUUCCCGAUGCCUGGAAUAACCUUAUGCUGCUCUUCGAGGAGAACAGGUCAUCUCACUUCCAGUCCCUUUCGAGCGAGGCACACCUUGAUUUGCUAAAACCAUCGGAAAAAGCACUCUUGAGUACGAGAUCCCGAGGAAGUGACGGUUCGUCAAAUGACAAUAGCACUGAAAGUGUUUCCUCGGGAAAAUCUGAUAUAUGGCGCCUGUUUGUCAGAUUGAUAAGUUUCUUUCUAUUAAGAUCCAGUUUAGAGGAUUUUCCCCACACGCUUGCUUCCACGGUUAGACAAUUAGAAGCUCUGAUGGGGUUAGGUGAUGAAGACCUAAAGGCUGCACUCGAAUCGUAUCAGUUUAUGGAUCUAUCGAGAGAGGGCCCUUAUCGUACCCUUCAACUCGUUACCAUUUUCAUCUUCAUCAUCCACUGCCUGACCGAGAGUGAUGAAGGGGGGGAGGUGCAGAAAGAGGAUAACGAGCCCGAGCCCGAGCCCGAGUCUAGCUUGACUAAAUUGGCACUAACUGCUACUUUCAUUUGCACGGGCCGCAUCGUCGAGCGAUGUAUGAGCAACGGGGGUAAGUUAGAAGAUUGCCCGCUCUUACCCGCUGUGCUGGUGUUCGUUGAAUGGUUAGAAAACACGCUUGAAAGAGCAGAAGCUCACACGGGAGAUGAAAGGGUCACGAGUGCCAUGUCUUACUUUUUCGGUGCCUUUGCUGAUCUUCUGAACCGGAUUGAUCUUAGAAAUGAAGAAGUUGCUCGAGAUAACACUGCUCUCUGGGAGGACCACGAGCUGAAGGGGUUCGACCCGAUGGCCCGUGCACACGUGAAGUUGGAUUUCACGGGCCAUCGGGAAUGCUUGGAUAACUUCUGUAGGAGGAAUAUAUCUAGAGCUCGACGUAUAUUUCUCGUUGGGACUAAACUUGCAGGAAGGUCAGGUGAUUUGGUGCGUAAUUGGAUCGUGUUUGAUAAUUUUGGUAAAAGAUUCAGCUCUUUGGUAGCAAAAUCCCGAGACCCGGGCAAAGAAAACGUGGCUGCAGAGGAGGAAGAAGUCAUUCUCUUUAAGCCCAUUAUCACAAGACAUAACUCAGCUCCUGCUUCUACAUCCCGCCCCCCCUCGAGUGAUCGUGUCUCUGCUCAAGGAACGAAGGAAACCGAUGAGUCCUUGCGUCGUGCCUCCUCGCUUUUUGUCGGGCAAAGCCAAUCAGAGACUGAUACUUUCAGUUUCCACCCUGAUACCACUAACCCGAGAUUGAGUAGUGUCUUGAAAGACUCGUCGUCAGCUUACCCUGCUGGACCUCCAUCCCUCAAGGCGUGGGUCAUUGACAACGAAACUCUCAGUCCCGAACCCUUCAAUGCCCUUUCGAUUACCGAAACUAAAGACCCCAUAGUUGGUUCAUCCCACGUUUCUGCAGCAAUUCACGAUUCUCCUCCUCCACCUUAUGUAAGUCCAGUGCCUUCUGCCCCGCUUUUACCCGAAGAUGCCUCGUGGUUCAAGGGCAGCAAGGAAGGCGAUGGGAUUCUCGGGGCAUCACCAAUGAGUGGAUACCCGAACUGGCAAGCAACUCGGGGGGGACCAUUCAAUCUCGUGAGAGGAGCUCCUCCAAGUUUUCUCGACGGGUAUUCUUCGCCACUGCAAGGGAUGAGCUCGUCCGAAUGGCUAUACCAUUACAGAAACCGAUCCAACACUCACUUCUGGCCAUCUCACUUCAAUCUCAAUGCAGCUAACAUGGCAAGGUACGAUCUUUUAGACCAGUGGGGGAACCCGUUGGCUUCGAGCCCAGCAGCGCUGUAUUUGGAGAGCCCACAAAUGCUUCCCGGUCCUCUCAUCCCGGGCCUAGACGAACAGAGAAGAGAUAAGCCCCUUUUCGGGUACCAAAGGCCAUCCCCUUAUGUGUGUGGCACUGGUAUGGAGGUGAGAUCAGAGCAGCCACCAUUAUUGCUGCAAUAUCUGAAAGAGAGAGAGCUUCAGUUGCAGCCAGAGUAUCAGUUCAGAGGUCCAUCUUUUAUGGGGAACUGAUACAUAUAUUACUCCAUCUUUUAUGGGAUUUUCUCUAACUUUAUAUAUGCAUCACAUUGCAUGUAUGUAUAAUGUAUGUAAGCAUCAUUACUGGAUUUACUGCAGUUUUUAGUGUGGGGUUUGGGCUAAUGUAUGUUUUAAACAGUUGAAAGAUGAAUGCAUUUUAGAAAGUUACCUAGCCAA